CUAAGUACUAGAGAGAAUUACAAAAAAAAAAAAACACAUCAAGAUGUGUAGUAAGACGAGUAUUGUAAGUUAUCGAAACAGAGAUGACGAUGAUUACUCUUCUGCCUUGUGUCCCAAGAAACAGAAACAUAAUAAUAAUGGAAAUGGAGGAGGAGGAGGAAGAAGAAGAGUCCCACGAAGAGGGCCUGGUGUCGCUGAACUCGAGAAGAUCCGUUUCGAGGAACAACACAUCUCUACAAACGUACAACUACCUCUUCCUCCGCUGGAGAAAUCUCCGGCCAUCAUCGACAAAACCGGUCCGGUUUACCCUUUCUCGUCUUAUUUCACGACCGGAUCUUUCCCUAAUGAUUUGAUCCCUCCGGCUCCAGUGUUCCAGAGGAAGCAUGAUUCGUCUCUUCAUUACCUUCCUCCGAUGAAUCUACCGAAUCAAGUAUCUGGAGGAUUUUAUCAGUUUAUAGAGCCCCCUUUAAACCAAACGUCUUGUCUUGACAAUGUCACUCAAUUUCUAGGCGAAGAAAAGACCCUUGCUGCGAAAAGGCCAUGGCAUUUUAUGGCAGAGACUGCGAAAUGUAGUGUUGCACCGACCAUAACUAUCUCAAGGGAUGGUAAGCAAACCAAAUCACUAGACCUAAGAUUGAAAAAUCAUAUUCAAGAUUCAGGAACCACAAUUAGAAAUCCAAUUACCAUUGAUUCAUCUUCUCCGACGACUCCUCCUCUGCCGAUUUUCCCAAAUGCUUCAUUCGAUUUCCCUCGCUUUUUACAGAAAGAAGUGGUUGAUCAGAUAACGAGCGGUGCAAAUGUUCCGAUUAAUAGAAAACCGUUCUACAGCUUCUUGCCCUCGAAUGACCAGAGUAUUCACGACCAAGAUCGAUCCUUCGGUUUGAGAUCCGAGAGAUAUGAUUCAGUUACUGAUCACGGCAUUGAUCUUCGGCUUAAGUUAUAAGAAAAUGAUUUUCUAAGCAAUUUUUAAAAUUUUUGAAUCUUUAUGUCAUCAGUUUGUAGUUUCGA